AUGUCUGGGUAUCACAGAAGAUCAUAUCAAGCACCUCCAACAUCUUACAGGAAUGGUUAUACGCAAGACGGUUACUACCAGAACAAGCCAUACGGUAGAAAUGCAUAUGACUCAAAACCAUCGCAUCAAAGCUUAGGUACCACCAGAUAUGAUAACAGAUCAAGCCAUCAGACAUCUCGUUAUUUGAAUGUACCAUCAUCUAGAUAUUCUAAUGCACCAGUACGACCUGAUGUUGCUAGCAGUUCUGUGAAUCAUCGGUCCAUUAAAGAUAGCUAUAACAGACCGAAUCCGAUUCUUAAAUAUCAAUCUGAUUUCUUUAAACCUAAAUACCAUUAUUUUGAUCCGAUAUCACAAACGUUGACCCACAAGGAUGAAUUUCAAUCAUGGAACGAUAAAAGUGAAUACCCGAAGGAUGGCUUUACAUUACAACGGGACAAUACAUUGAUCACAGGUAAUAAACAAGUCAAACAUAUUAAAGUACCAAGACGUCCCGAUCUAUUAGGUGAAGAUCCACGUAGCUCACAUUUAGGUCAAAGUAAACCCUCUAUGAGGAAAAUGAGAACACAGCUAGUAAAACUGGGUCGUAUCACCUAUGAUAAAUAUUCUGUUGGUCCUCCACCUAUUUGUGAGAUCAUUGUAUACCCUGCAUCUUCAGUUACUUCCAUUCAAGAGAUCCUGAUUAAGAACCAUUUUAGAAAAUUUGGGGAAAUAUCUCAUUUUGAAAGUUUUAAUGACCCAAAUAAUGCAUUGCCAUUACAUAUCUAUUUAAUAAAAUAUUCUAGUCCAGAAGGUAAGAUAAAUGAUGCUGCAAGAGCAGCUUAUAUGGCAACGAAGAGAUAUGAAAAUGAAAAGUGCACAAUCAUGGGUUCUAAUUUCAAUGUCGCUCUAAACAAAAAAGCUAUACUAGAAUCAGUAAAGGCAAAAUUUAUAACAGAAAAUAAAAAAAUGUUGGAUAAAUUGAAACAAGAACAAGAGAGAAAGGAAAAAAUAAACGCUAUUAAAGCCAUCCCUUCUGCUUCGAAGCUUUCUUCUUCUUCCAUUGAUGGGAAAAUCGCUACAUCGAAGAAUGUUAUAUUAGAUAUUGAUGAUGCAAUCUACAGAAAGUAUUAUAACACACAGGACAAAAGAGUGCCUCAAGAUAUUUUGCAAUUAGUGAACCAAAGACCUUGCUUGUAUAUUCCGAAGAGGUUUAAUGUAGUUAAUGGGUUUCGAACAGAAAAUUAUAGAUAUAAAAUGAGAAAUUAUAAGUAUUCAAGAUUUAUUGAUCAUAGCACAGGGAUAUAUAUUGUAUUCAAUGAUUUGAAAGAGGCAAAAAGAUGUUUUGAUAAUGAAUCUGAAAAACUCCUAUUACCCUCUUUAACCAAAAGGAUUUCUGUCACAGUGAAGUUUAUAUUGCUAAAGGCAACACCAAAUUCUGUCGGGAAAAGAUUUAAUACUAUGUCAGGUAAAAAACAAACUUCUGAGUCAAAAGUAUCAUAUCAAUCAAAGGAUGAGUUAAUAAAUGGUGCUAUGAAAAUUAUCAUGGCCGAUUUGGAAAAAGCUCUUCAUUUAGAUAUUAAAAGAAGGUUAAUCGGGCCUACUAUUUUUGACUCACUUAACGCUGAGAAUUUCCCUGAUCUGUUGGAACGUAAAAAGCUUAAAGAUGAGGAAAGGAAAAAAGUUAUUGCAGAAAAGAGGGCCAAAGAAGAAGAGAGUCGUAAAGAAGGUAACAAGGAACUUGAUAUUUUUAAUCUAUAUGGUGCACAUUCUAACAAAAAUAGAAUUAAGCGUAAUUCGUAUGGAAGCGAUUUUACCAGAAUUCCAAAGAGGAAGCAGACGGCAAUGGAUAUUACUCCCAUGGCUCAUUUAUUAAAUGAGGAUAGUACUUCAAAGGAAGGUACACCUCUGUCGACUGAUGAAAAUAUUCCAUCCCAUACUUCUGAAACCUCGUUAUCUGAAUCAUCUUCGGAAGAGGAGCAAGAGGAGCAAGAUAUAGAGCCAAAACUUAAGAAAUCAAAAUUGGAGGAAGGCGAAAUUACUCCUGAGUCACUUUCUGAUGCAAAUGAGGAGACCAUUGAAUCUCCGGAGAAUGUUAUUAAUGAAAUUUAUCAACCAAGUAUGACGGAGACUCCUGUACCAGUUUAUGAAGAGAAGGUUACCGAUAUAUCAAACGUAACUCCUUUUGUUAUGCAGGAAAUUACAAAGGACGAUGAGGAUAUCAAAUUGUUGAUGAAAGUUUUGGGAGUUGAGUCAAAAAUUGAAGAAGCAACUUCAUUAGAAAGUUCAUUAGUUAAUUAUGAACUAUGGAAAAUGAGAAAAGAAGAAAGCAAUAAAAGAUUUAUAGAGGAAUCACAACUCAAACUAAAUGACAAUAUUAAGAUGAGUUCUGAAUUGCAACAUCCUGGUAUUUCAUUCAAGGCCCGUGGUCACGUUUCGGUACCAGAUGCCCUCAAAUCGACAUAUUUACCUCACCGUCGUAGAGCACAUAAACCAUUGAAUACUGUUUAUACCCACGAUGGCUUGAAUGCUGACAAGUUGGACGAUCAUGAUGAUUCCCCUGAAAUAGUCGGUAAUAGUGAAGAAUUAUUAAAGAAGGAAACACAAGACGUUGCAUCUUUAGGGAUAGAAGUAUCGUCCUCUAGAGAAAAUAGAGCAUCGAAUAGAAGAUUCCAACAAGACAUUGAUGCGCAAAAAGCUGCAAUCGGUACUGAAUCAGAUUUAUUAUCAUUAAAUCAACUUAAUAAGAGACAGAAACCAGUAACGUUCGCUAGAUCAGCGAUUCAUAACUGGGGUCUAUAUGCUUUGGAGCCUAUUGCUGCCAAAGAGAUGAUUAUUGAAUAUGUUGGUGAACGUUUAAGACAACCUGUCGCAGAAAUGAGAGAGAAAAGAUAUUUGAAGAGUGGUAUAGGUUCCAGUUACUUAUUCAGAGUGGAUGAGAAUAACGUUAUUGAUGCAACAAAGAGAGGUGGUAUCGCAAGAUUUAUUAACCAUUGUUGCGAUCCAAGUUGUACUGCGAAAAUCAUUAAAGUUGGAGGUAAGAGAAGAAUCGUUAUAUAUGCACUAAGAGAUAUUGGAAAAAAUGAGGAACUUACAUAUGAUUACAAAUUUGAAAGAGAAACGGACGAUGAUGAGAGAUUAAUAUGUCUUUGUGGUGCACCAAACUGUAAAGGUUAUUUGAACUAG